AUGCAGGAAUAUGCUCAAGAUGCCAUGGCCUAUGUUCGUUGCUACGGCCGUCCAGACUUAUUUAUCAACUUCACAUGCAAUCCAGCUUGGGACGAGAUAGUGCAGCUGUUAUAUCCUGGACAAUCGUCUAGGGAUAGGCAUGACAUCACAGCCCGUGUUUUCAGACAAAAGCUCAAGACACUGAUGGAUUUCAUUGUGAAAGAUGGAGUUUUUGGAGUUGUGCGGUUCUGGAUGUAUUCAGUAGAAUGGCAGAAGAGAGGAUUGCCGCAUGCGCACAUACUAAUCUGGCUGUAUGAUAAAAUUACUCCAGACGAAGUCGACGAUGUGAUAUGCGCUGAGAUUCCACGGGCCGAGGUUGAUACGGAUUCGCAUGCAGUUGUCUUCAAGAACAUGACCCAUGGCCCAUGUGGUACCCUCAACCCAAGUUCAUCAUGCAUGGUAGACGGGAAGUGUUCCAAGCGAUAUCCUCGAGCAUUUGCUGCCAACACCGUAUCAGGAAACGAAAGAUAUCCUUUGUAUAAGAUAUGUCUGAAGAUGGCGGGACUUCGGAAACUUUAA